CUCCUGAUAAGGACAUGUGGUGGGUUUAGAAACAGUAUACAUUACUUGUUAGUGUUGUCACUUCUUCACUGUCUACAGCUGACAGCUUUCAUCAGACGAAGUCAUUGAACAAAGCAGAUCCUACCAACAGCAGCAGAGAUGACUGGAGUCUCAUGGCUGUUACUCUCAGCAGCCUUGUUGCUGCUUGCUGGAAACUCAGACUCUGUGGACCAGAAUCUACUGGCGAACAUCAUACAAGAGAUCUGGACUGACUACUCUCCAAGACGCAUGUUCAGCACAGCAGUGAGCAUCCCACGGACAAACAGCGGGUACGACAUCAACCAAGUCUUGAACCGCGCCAAUGGUGAAGACGUGAAGAACACAAUGAAAAGUGGCGCUGUGUACAAGCAAGGCAGGAUUGUUGCAGCAAUGUUUCAGCAGAAGAAAGGGAAAACUGGACAGGACAUCCAUGCAGAGUAUCGUGUCCUACAGGACAUCAACAACCUUGUCAACAACAACAACAUUGAUUUUGCUAAUGAUUUAUUGAUUUUCUAUGUUCUUGGAUCGCCAUGUUACCACAGAUGUACAGUUCCCAAUGGUCCUGAUAGCAUCAUUCCAUACUUAGAUGCAGUCAAGAGGUGGACAAAUUAUGCAUUUGUGUUUACUCAUGUGUUCAAAUCCAAGAACCCAAACCUACAAACUACUGACGAGCAGCUCGAGACAGCAGUUACAAACCUUGGAAACGCCCUCGGCCUUGAAAACAUUUUCCGAUGUAAAGAAGACAACAACAAGAAGAUGGUGUGCAACAGUUGUUCUCAAAAUCAAAAAGUCGCAAGGUAUUGUAUUUCAGAUGAACCUGAUGACGUCCAAAACCUGCCAAGCAGUAGCAGAGGACGAGACAGGUCCCCCUCACAACCCAGAGGAGGAGACAGGUCCCCCUCACAACCCAGAGGAGGAGACAAGUCCCCCUCACAACCCAGAGGAGGAGACAGCAGAAGUAGGGACAGUUCACCCUCACAGAGAGACCCUUUAAUCAACAGGAGUAGUCCUGAUGUUCGUUCAUGCAGUGGCCAAGGUGAAGUUAGAAAAAGCUGUUGUGCAAGAAUCUGUGGAGCCCUUGCUGCCUGCUUUAGGAGCUGCUUCGGGCAACAGUCACCCCUCUACAACAAGAAAUGAGAAAAACUAUUUCAGCUCCCAAAGCAGCAACAUUUAUUCAUAUUUUUAAUAUUUUUGAAUCAACAUUCUGCUAGAGCUGCUUAGCAACUUGAUGAUGUUUGAAGCAACUUCUUUACCUGUUGACUGCACUGACACAAGUUGUGUGUCUCUAAAGCAUUUUUAAAAUUAUGUUCUUUCUGAUUAAAGCUUGACUCUGCAAA